AUGGCUGCCCGUGGUACCCUGUUUUGCCUAGCCCUGGCGGCCAUCUUCGCAUGCGGUGAUGCCAUCCGCUCGCACCAAGGCGAUGCCAUCCGCUCGCAACCAGAUUCCGUGCCGGUGCUGUACCUGUCGGACGCCUGUACGUUUACCGAGCUUGCAGAUCGGAGAGACGGCUGGAAGUGUGGGGACGAAGAGAGCCUGGUGGAUGCACAUGAAGGAGCUCGGAAGCACGCCGACAUGGCCGAUGCUCCUGAAGUUGCCAAAAACGUCGCCGCUGCCAUGAAGGACGCUGCACCGGGUCUCGGGGAGUUCCAAAUUUGCGGCUCCAGCGAAGCCUCUGAUGGUGGUGAGAUCAUAGUCAUUGGCCAGCCUGGGUCGGAUCCCAAGAAGGCCUGCCUGAAGGCGCUGGGCAUCCGCAAGAUGGUUGACGACGACAGCAUCCGUGAACACACUGACCCUUCAGACCCGGAACUCUCCGGCGUGUGGUCCUUUGCAAAGCUGGAGCCCCUAGACGUGAGGGCCAAGUUGAAGACGGGCUUCAAUGGGGCCUAUGAGGGCGAUGAGGGUCCCGGUGACGCAGGCGAGAAGAAGCAGAUCCUGGCUGUGACUGAGAUCAUGAAUUUGAAGCUUGAAAAGCACUUCGUCUUCAACUUCGAAGAGGAAAUUGUCACGGCCCCCAUCAUCUACGGGGGCUACGCCAGCGACGGCUCCAUCGUUGGCGUGCUGUCGUCCCGUGUGUGGACAUAG